AUGGAGGUACUGCCCUUCGAGAUCCUCCUGGACAUUCUUUCCCGUAUCGACGACCCCACAUCCCUUUACAACCUUCUUCUCGCAUCUCCCGCGGCAUCCCGUGUGUUCGACCACGAUGGCCUUCAGCUUACCCGCGCCCUGUUCACCAAAGACAACACGUGUGAUCAAAGUUGGGAAACAAUUUCACUCAUGGCCAUGAUUGAUUCCUGCACUCUCCCAUAUCCAAAUCUAGAUGCCUUUGUCGCUGGCUUCAUUCAUGAUACGAUCAGACAGUUACGCCUCCCACGAAUAGGCGAACCCCUUUCGACAAGCCGACCCCUUCCGCACGGGUUGCCUGAUAACGCGCCUGUCUCGACAAUCCGCCGGGUUCUAUCUAUACACGCACAAAUCAGUCAUUUGACUGUAGCGUGUCUAGAGCACUAUUUGGAAAUAUUUAAUGCUCUUCGACCGGAAAAUGCAGCUGAUCCCGAGGUUCGGUAUUCAACACAUCCCAAGUCGACUCAACCGUGGAGGCAAAGAUUCGAAGGUGUCAAAGCCCCCGUCAGCAAUUACGGCUCACCAACCUGGGAAGAGGAGCAGCGUGUCUCCCGUGCCUUGUGGAGAAUUCAAUCAUUCUAUGAUCUUUGUACCGCCGCUAGUCAGUCUCGGCUCGGCUGGCCCGCGGAAGACGUGGUGCGUUUGCAAGGUAUGAAGGCGCGCGACCUAUUCGUCAAGUGGGACCUACAGUACGAGGCAGAAGAAAUCCAGACCGUUACGGAGUAUCUCGACUAUACACGAGCAACAAAGCUCGUCAUCCCUUAUGACUCCUAUGACAGCAGCAGUGCAAGCAAACCUCGGCGACUGCCAUGGCUCCGGCACCCAGUCGAACAAUGGUGGCCAACGCGGCGAAGGCCUGAUCCACACCCAAUAACUCAAUUGUACGAAAUUGACUACGCUACAUUCGGCCUGCGACAAAUACAGUUGCUGGCAGAAUGGAGAGCCUCGCCCUUGCGCACAGUUAAGUUCGACUCCUAUCGCCGGCUAGGGUUUGCCCUAUGGUGCCACAAGAGAGUCCAAGCGAUUGGGUUAGCCCCUCUAAAUCUCAAUCUUCCUGGGGGCAUCAAUCUAUCAUUAUGGCAUUUUGCGUGGCGAAGCAUCUUGGAUCCGCGAGAGGUAGAGGAAGUGGAGACAAGAUUACAAAAGGAGUGGGAAGAGCGAGAGCUCAAGGGAUAG